AUCAUCUUCACUUCGCGAAGGCUUUUUCGAACAGCUCCCAGAACAGUGGCAAGUCAAAAUGGCGAGAUGUUCGGGGUCACAGGAACAUACAAGCUUCACUUCGGUGUUUGGCCGCUUGUGUCUUUUGGCAUAUUCGGACUUCGUUACACCGCUUCGCAUGCGUGUCAACAGAAGGUUUACCCGAUGGCAUUCAUGUUCGUCAGGACGGAGACCGCCUUUGCGUAUACGAAGCUGUUUUCCGUAUGCAAGCAACGGUGCCAAGAAUUUUUCGGCGUGACACUGGAUCUACAGUUUGGCUCAUUGGACCGCUCCACUUCAAUUGCGAACGCUUUCCAGACUGUCGGGUCGGAGAUCAAGCUUCUCGACUGCUGCCCCAUCUCGACCGGAAUGCUCGGAAGAAGAAAGGGUUGCUUGCAGAGAGCGACCGCUACAACGACAUCAUCAAGACCCAGCACGAUUAUUUGA